AUGAUGAACAAUGGUGGUGGUGGUGGCGGCGGCGGCGGCGGCAUGAUGGGGCCGCCACCCACCGGCGGGCGGAACGCAAACCUACGGCCGAACGACGGCGGUGGGCCGGGCGAAGGAAGAGGCAUUCGCGGCGGUGGCGGCGGCGGUAGGGGAGGAGGCGGGCGAGACUCGAACUUUGGCGGGGGAAGGGGUCCGGGCGGCGGUAGAGGUAUCCCGCCUCCUUCCAACCGCGGCAUGCCCCUCGGUGGACCGCUGCCGCCAAACGCCGGCGCCGGCGCCGGCGGCGAUAGGGCCGGCGGCAGCGGCAUGGGCAGAGCCCCCGGUGUCGGCGGCGGGAUGGUUGGGGCGGGUCCGCGCCAGAUGAGCGAGGGGCGCCCGGGCAUGGUCGGCGGCGGCGGCUCCAGUGGUUCUGGAGGAAUGCUGAGAGGUCCCCCCGGAGCCAUCAACACCGGCGGCGGAGGGGGCAUGGGGGACGGGGGUAGCGGCGGCGGCAAUAAACGGCAGAAGCGGGACGGCGGGGCUCCUCCAGCAAGAUCUCCCGGCAUGAACGGCUCGAUGCCCGGGGGCCCUCGAGCAGGGCCCAAUUGGGUCGGCGGCGGCGGUAGCGGCCCCGGCCCCGGUGGCCCGAUGUCCAACAGCCCCAACGGCGGCGCCAUCAACGGUGUCGGCGGAGGAGGCGGAGGCGGAGGCGGCGGCAACACGCCGUUCUUCGACGGACCGCCACCGGGAAUGGGAGGAGGAGGAGGAGGAGGCGGCGGCGGAGGCGCGCGGACGUCUGGAAACACCGGCGGUAGUGGUAGCGGAGCUAGGCCGCCGGUCGGGGGCCACGUGAGCCCGAUGGGGCCGCGCGGAAUGGCUGGACGAGACCCGGGGGCUGGGUAUAGGUUGGGUGGCGGGAACGCCCCGGGGCCCCGCGGCGGGAACAACGUGGGACCGCCGCCGGGUGGAGAGUUGCGAGGAGGCGGGGGGGCACCGCAUGAUAACGUGGACGGCGGCAUGAACGUCGGCCCCCCAGGUGCUCGCAUGGGGGGGGCCGGCGCCGGUGGAAACAUGCCUCCGGCGGGAGCGGGCGGGAGCGGUCACUUUUCGCGCGGCAGGGGUGGCGGAGGGGGAGGAACGCUGGGCGGGGGCGAUGCCGGACCUGGUUUCAUGCCGAUUGCCGGCGGUGGUCCGAUGAACGGGCCGGGCGGUGGCGGGCGUGGGGCCGGUCCGAUGAACAGGGGGCGCACUGGCAACAACAACAACAACAACAACAAGGCGGACAAGGCGGCGGAGCAGAGGAAGAGGAAGAACAGGAAGAAGCAGCUCAAGCAUGUCGGCAACGACGAGAGCCUGACGCCCGAGCAGAAGGACGAGGCCCGGGCCAAGCUGAGGAUGGAGAUCGGGGUCGAGAAGGCGGCGGAGGCGGCCGCGGCCGCGGCCGCGGCCGCGGCCGCGGCCGCGGGGACGGAAGGAACGGAGCAGCAGCAGCAGCCGUUGGUACCUUCCGGCGAUGGGCAAGCCGGAGGGUUGCCCCGGACGAGCGGGGCGGAGGUGCCUUCCCAACCACCCGCGGGAGACGAUGGUGGUGCCGUCGCGCCGGACCCCGGUGGCAAAGCCAAGGAUGGGCAGGACGAUGGCGCGGCGGCACGCGAAACCCCGCCCGCCCGAGGAGACGAUGGCAACUUCGCAGCGGACAGCCCCCCCCCGGGUCGACGACCAGUCCGCGAACCCCCCCCCCCGCGGGGGGGGGCAGCAUGGGAGAGCCUCGCGACGGCCCCGCUCAACACGGCGGCGGCAGAAGCAGCCCUUCCCGACACCGGGACGGAGGUCCCAGCGGGGACGGCGGACCGCCGUACGGCGGCGGCGGCGGCGGCGACGGCGGGGGGGCGCCGUUAUCAGACGGGUGGCAGCGACAGCAAGGCGAGAGUGGAGGUCCUGGCGGCGGCGGCAUGA